AUUUACAUUGAAUAUGACUUUGUGGGUUCCACACAAAUUAUGGACCUAUUUCUUUAGACUUAUGAGGUCCAUAUAAAUAUACUCCAUAUUUUUUUCAAUUUUGAAAAAUGAUCGUACUCCAUUUUAUACAAUCUUAAACUAUGACGUAGUGGUUGAUACCAUAAUAUCCACAUUUAGAUUCCAAGUUUAAUUAAUUUAUUUUGCUUCAUCAUAGUAAAAAUUACCAUACACUUCAAUUGUAUUUGACUAUUUGUAUCCAAGAGAAUACAAAUAUGGAUUAACUAUCAUCUUUGGUAGUAUUUAAAACACUUAAAUAGCCUUUACACAUGUAAUAGCUUAAAACACAGUUUACAUAAGUAUAUAUUUCAAUGUUACACGAUUUUCUAGUUUUUAUAUAUAUGAUUGUUUAUUAUUCAGUUAGUUGGUAAUUGGUAUAAAUGAAAAAAUAAAUGAUUCCACUGAUGUUGAAGUGGGUACAGAAUGCUAACUACAAUGAUAUUUAUACUUGACAAAAGCAAACUAACAUAAAUGCAAUGGGUUGAAUCGAAUUGUUAGGAACAAUUGUUUAAUAGUAGUUCACACAAUUAAUAAAAAUCAAGGUAUAGUUGCAAAUAUGAUUAAGAAAAAAAUUUAUAUAUAAACAACACAACCCCAACCCAUUGUAGGCUAAUCCUUUUAUUUUAAAAGCUAUAAAUUUUGAUUUUGUAAUGUCUACUAUACAAAGAACUUCGAAUUCAAAGUCUUGUUUUUGAGUUUUAUAUAAGAAGAAUUUCUCGAACUACUUCGAAUUUCUUGAAUGUAACAUUACCAACAAAUUAACAUUUAUUAGUGACCCUACAACUUUAUUAAAAAUAAAAAAAUAAAAUCAAAUUAGUUUAGGCGUGUAAAUUGGUUCACGACCGCUUCCUAUAGCUAUAAAUACAGCUCUCUCAACUCCAUUUCAUCUCAAUUCAAACUCACUGCUCUCUACCAAAAACAUUUCACCUCAAUUCACUCAAAUUUCAUCGAUCGCGUUCAUCAAUCAACAAAAUGAAGGUUAAGAUUGUGGUGAGGGUGUCGAUGAACGACGAGAAAUCCCGCUCCAAAGCCCUAAAAAUCACAGUCGGAAUCUCCGGCGUCGAAUCGGCGGCUCUGGCAGGGGCGGAGAAGGAUCAGGUGGUGGUGGUGGGGGAGAGCAUCGACGCGGUGGUGCUCACGCGCCAGCUGCGGAAGGGCGUGGGGCACGCUGAGCUCGUGAGCGUCGGUGAGGAUAAGAAGGAGGAGAAACCCGCGGCAGCGGCGGCGGUGCCAUUCGUGUGGUCGUACGCGCCGAGCUAUCCCGGGUAUAAUAGCGACCUGGUUUACGAAACGCGGUCGAGCGACCCGGCGUGCACCAUCAUGUGAAGAAUUGGGGAAAAUUUGAGUUCCAUUUUUCAAUUUUGUUAGUAAUAUAGGCUUUAAUAAAGCUUUGGGGGUUAUAAAGUCUAAACGUAAUGGGUCGAGAAUCGAAACGUUUAAUCAAUUGAGCUGCCAUUGAUUAGAUAUGUAGGAGUUUUGUGAAAAUAUAAAAUGAUAAUUUGAUGACGCAAAAAAUAGUAACGUAUUUGUUGGGAUGGAGGUAGAUAACUAAGUUGUGAUUGAUCGUUUCUGUUGUUUUGAUAUCUUUGCACGAGAGUUUGUGUACUAGUAUAAAUUGAUUAUUGAGUUGAGUUGAAGAUGAUAA